CAAAGUUGGGAUACUGCCCAAAUUUCGGGAAGCGGCUCUUAAUCCCGACACCUGGCCACAAGGUGUUUUGUUUCGCGAGUUCGAAGACAACAAAAAGCAAAACAUCUGGUAUCCUCCAAUCGAUAUUUCUCCACCGAUUCCCGACGAAAAUGGAUGCAGCACCGUUAUGAAUGUAGACGAAGUAACACCCAGCCCGCUCCGUUUGAUGAGAACACCGCCCCGGCAAACGUUAUGAGAGUACAAUGGAACCACACCGAGACGCACUGAAGUUGAUAUUUUGGAAGCUCUCGAACCCCCCGCCACAGUCGUGCCACAACAGCCAGCGUUCUCCAGUCGUCCUGGUCCUGUGCGUGGGUGUGGUGAAAGAGUCUUCCAAAUGUCUCAUCUCGGCAAGUAUUUGCAUAUUCCGUCCUUUCCAAGUGCUGAUCUCUCUCGCACUUAUAGAUGUCCUCCUCUCGCUCUGAAUCGGAUACCGGGAUGCACAGAUGUUCGCACCAUGGAAGCCCCUGAUACGUUCCCCACAGUCGAGCUAUUGCAGCCUGCGGUCAUCAGUCGUCCCGGCCCUGUGAGUGGGAACGCGGAAGGGGUCUUCCAAACCAUCUCAGACGGCAAUUAUCCAUCGCACGAUCAAUCUAGUCAACCGCUGCACUUGUACUACCAGAACGUUGGAGGCAUGAACAUGCACAUCACCGACUAUUUGCUGGCUUGUUCGGAUGAUUGCUUCGACAUCAUCGCUCUUUCGGAGACGUGGCUCAGUGAUUGUACGCUCUCCGUUCAAGGUUUUGGAUCCAACUACGAAGUCUUCCGUACCGAUCGCAGCCCCUUAAAUAACUCAAAAACUAUUGGAGGCGGGGUGCUUAUCGCAGUGCAUCGUCGUUUGAAGGCGCAACUGAUCGAAACCGCAUCUGGUAAAUGCGUCGAGCAGGUUUGGGUGCGUUUGAAACUGGUCAAUUUUUCCCUCUACCUUUGUGUGAUAUAUCUUCCUCCGGACCGAUGCCGCGAUCUACCGCUAAUCGAUGCACACAUACAGUCGUUGCAAGAAAUUACUUCCACUCAUGUACUACCCGUAGAUGAAAUCUUGAUUGUGGGAGACUUCAACUUUUCCAGCAUAAAAUGGCAAACAAGUUCCGGUGGUUUCUUCUUUCCUGAUCCGGCGCUCUCCACUUUCCACAUUGGCAUUACAACCAUGCUCGACGGCUACAACCUCAACCUUCUUCGACAGUCGAAUCCUGUCGUUAAUGAAAAUAACCGGAUGUUGGAUCUUUGCUUUUCAAGUAGAGAAGAUGUUGCACCAAAUAUUAGUGCUUCACCGUUCCCUCUGGUCAAUUCCGUUCGUCAUCAUCCUCCACUACAUAUUGUGCUCGAUUCAAAUCGCUUACAGAACGCCUGCAUUCCAACGGACAUCAUCUGCUAUAAUUUUAGUAGAACCGACUACACCAAUAUGACCGACUUCUUGACGCAAAUCGACUGGGAUGAAGUUCUCGACAACGAUGAUGUCAAUGCUGCUGUGCAGACGUUUUCUAAUGUUAUGAGCUACGCAAUCGACUACUAUGUACCGAAACGAUCGAGACGGCAGACCCGGCAUCCACCAUGGCUGACUGCGGAAGCGAGACAUCUGAAAACGACCAAAAGAGCCGCUCUAAAGAGGUAUUCUAAACAUGGAGGUUUUUCCCUGCGUAAUCACUACGUGCAGAUAAAUCAGUUGUACAAGAAAACCGUUAAGCGCUGCCAUGCCAACUACUUGAACAACGUACAACGAAAACUGAAAUCAAAUCCAAGGUAUUUCUGGAAACAUGUGAAUGAGCAAAGGAAAGAAUUUGGGUUGCCCUCGUCAAUGAGCUUUGGAGAUCUGCCAGAUGUUUGCGGAAAAGUUUUCUAGGGUUUUUUCAAAUGAAAUCCUGACUCAGCAGCAAAUUGCUGCCGCAGCACUUAACGUUCCCCUGUCUAAUAACUCAUUGAACUGCAUCAAUAUUGACGAAGACUCAAUACGGACGGCAAUUGUAGGAAUGAAAGCCUCAAAUUCUCCAGGCCCUGAUGGAAUACCGGCAGUUAUUCUUAAAAAGUGCUCGCGUGGAGUAAUCGCUCCCCUCUGCAAAUUGUUUCGAAUGUCUCUCGCUACUGAAGUUUUCCCCAAUUUAUGGAAAGCUUCCUUUAUGUUCCCAGUCCACAAGAAAGGCGAUAAAAAGGAUAUAAACAACUACCGCGGUAUCACUUCCCUUAGCGCUAUACCAAAGCUGUUCGAAAAGGUUAUACUGACACCAAUUUUCAAUCACUGCAAGCAAUGUAUCGUCGAUACUCAACACGGUUUCAUGCCUAACCGCUCAACAACCACAAACUUACUAUCGUUUUUGUCUUAUGUGUUUGAUGCAAUGUCUAACGGUUUACAAACGGACGUUAUCUACACAGAUCUUUCCUCGGCUUUCGAUAUAAUCAACCACGACAUCACGGUUGCUAAGUUGGACAGACUUGGAUUCAGUUCGAACAUUCUUCGUUGGUUGCAGUCGUAUCUUAGGAAUCGUCGUUUAGCAGUUAAAAUUGACGAUCAUACUUCCGGAGAGUUCCUCGCAUCAUCCGGAAUACCACAGGGUAGUCAUCUAGGACCGUUAAUAUUUUUACUGUACUUCAAUGAUGUCAAUUUUGCCUUGGA